GGGCCGUGCGGCGUCCGGAGGCGGGGCGGGGAGUGGCCCGGCCCUGGCGGCCGGCGCUCAGCUCGGCGGAGCUCUAAAUCGGGUCACGCUUCCUUCUUCUCUCCCCUCCCCUCCUUCUCUCACCACCUGGGCCUCUGCCUGGAGACGCGCACCUGGCAACCAGUGGCCGCGCUCCGCCGGGUCUCCGCCUUCUCCGCUUGGGCCGGGGCCCCGGAGUCUGCCCCGCAAACACCGGAGCGGGUCCCUGGCUCCCGGAGCCCGCCCCUGGCCCCUCUCCGCUCUGCCGGCGCCCGGCCCGCCCGAAGCCGCCGCGAGCGCUCGCUCGUUGAUGCCGUUUUGGGGGUGACCCGCCGCGGCGGCCGCGCCUGCAGGGUGCGGGCGGGUAGUGGUCGCGGCUCUGCUGGACGUUGAGUGCGCUGCUGCGGGGUGAAGGGGGGCCAGCCAGUGAGACCUCGCGAGCAGUGGGGGUUUCGGGGCUCGGGAGGCCGCCACGGCCGCGCUGGAGCAGGAGAUGUUGGAGCUGAGGCACCGGGGAGGCUGCCCCGGUCCGGGGGGAGCAGUGGCGCCGCCACCCCGCGAGGGAGUGGCGGCCGGCGGCGACCACGAGAACGAGAGCACCAGCGACAAAGAAACAGAUAUUGAUGACAGAUACGGAGAUUUGGAUUCCAGAACAGAUUCCGACAUUCCAGAAAUUUCACCAUCCUCAGAUAGAACCCCUGAAAUCCUCAAGAAAGCUCUGUCUGGUUUAUCUUCAAGGUGGAAAAACUGGUGGAUUCGUGGCAUUCUUACGCUAACUAUGAUUUCAUUGUUUUUCCUGAUCAUCUAUAUGGGAUCUUUUAUGCUGAUGCUUCUUGUUCUGGGCAUCCAAGUGAAGUGCUUCCAUGAAAUUAUCACUAUUGGUUACAGAGUCUAUCAUUCUUAUGAUCUACCAUGGUUUAGAACACUAAGCUGGUACUUUCUACUUUGUGUAAACUACUUUUUCUAUGGAGAGACUGUAGCUGAUUAUUUUGCUACAUUUGUUCAAAGAGAAGAGCAACUUCAGUUCCUCAUUCGCUACCAUAGAUUCAUAUCAUUUGCCCUCUAUCUGGCAGGUUUUUGCAUGUUUGUGCUAAGCUUGAUGAAGAAACAUUAUCGACUACAGUUUUAUAUGUUCGCAUGGACUCAUGUCACUUUACUGAUAACAGUCACUCAGUCACAUCUUGUCAUCCAAAAUCUGUUUGAAGGCAUGAUAUGGUUCCUUGUCCCAAUAUCAAGUGUUAUCUGCAACGACAUAACUGCUUAUCUUUUUGGAUUUUUUUUUGGGAGAACUCCAUUAAUUAAGUUGUCUCCUAAAAAGACUUGGGAAGGAUUUAUUGGUGGUUUCUUCUCCACAGUCGUGUUUGGAUUCAUUGCCGCCUAUGUGUUAUCCAAAUACCAGUACUUUGUCUGUCCAGUGGAAUACCGAAGUGAUGUAAACUCCUUCGUUACAGAUUGUGAACCUUCAGAACUUUUUCAGCUUCGUAGUUAUUCACUUCCUCCCUUUCUGAAGUCAGUGUUGAGACAGGAAACAGUGAGCUUGUACCCCUUCCAGAUCCAUAGCAUCGCUUUUUCAACAUUUGCAUCUUUGAUUGGUCCAUUUGGAGGCUUCUUUGCCAGCGGAUUCAAAAGAGCUUUCAAAAUCAAGGAUUUUGCAAAUACCAUCCCUGGGCAUGGCGGGAUAAUGGACAGAUUUGAUUGUCAGUAUUUGAUGGCAACAUUUGUACAUGUCUACAUCACAAGUUUUAUAAGGGGUCCAAAUCCCAGCAAAGUGCUACAGCAGUUGUUGGUGCUUCAACCAGAACAACAGUUGAAUAUAUAUAAAACCCUGAAGACUCACCUCAUUGAGAAAGGAAUCCUGCAGCCCACCUUGAAGGCAUAACUGGAUCCAGAGAGGGAAAGGCUGAAUCGACAAUAAAUAAUUCUACAGAAAAGCUCUGACUGAUGAAAUUUUGUAAAUGUCUGGAAAAAGGUUGAAAAUGCAAUAGAUUGAAAACGUACAGAUAAUGAAUGUUUUUCUUCUCUGAAAUUACUGUGAAUAUUGAACAAAUGUCUACUUGAUCUAAGUUAUGAAAUAUGUAGCAAAUCAUCACCAAAAUAUCCUGUACUUUUUCUAAGGUGUAUUUUCUGAUGUGAACUUCUUUUCCCUUACUUGCCAUUUUCAUAAUUCAAAAUACUUAUUUUAAAGAGUCAAAUACUAUAAAUUGAGUAAAUUGAAGAGGUCUUAAGAGUGCUUCUGGUAAUGUGCCCUUUGCACAAAUAUUUACUUUUGCACUUGGAGCUGCUUUCAACUUUAGCAGAAUGUUUUACGUAAGGCACAAUAGGAAGCUAGUUCUCCUCUUUUAGUUUGAAGUAUUUUCUGAAGGGCUGAGUUGUAUCCAAAAAAAAAUGUCCACUUUUCAAAGUAAGUAAUCAUUUGCUGGAGGAAAACUUUCCACUUUCAGGUAGGUUUGAAAUUCAAGAGAGAUAAGCUGAAAUUUCUAACUUUAUUGGCUGACAUCUAACUCUACUUCUGAUAAAGUUAUUUGCAAAUGUAAUAUCGCAAAAACUUUUCAAGGGGAACAAAGGAGAACUCUGCUAUGAAGAGCAUAAUGUGUGCAUCCUCCGCAGAUUACCAACAGAGGACGGUAGCUCAGGAGACACCAUAAGACAAAUGACAUGUGGCACAGGCUACCUCUUGGGCAAGUUCUCCGCUUUUCCUUGUGAACUGGUUUCUGUAAGUUUUGUAGCCAUGAGCACAAAAGAUCAAUGUAUAGGGGAGUAAGUAGGGGUGUAGGUGAGGCAGAGAGGAGGGUGCUCGGCCUAUUGAGUGACGCGUCUCUGGAUAAGGCUCUGCAUGUUGGUGUCCUGGGUGCUUCCCUCCCAGUUUCCUAGGCAGCCCAUGGGACACUCACCUGGCAAGAAGGGAGACCCGCCUGGAGACCCAGCCUCAGACUCAGUCCGUGGUAGCAGCUAAUCUCUGACUCCUUCCUCUUUCUCAUCAUGUUGUAAAACCUGAGGACAUCAGCUGAUGAUAUUUUUCUUCCAAGAAUGAAAAUCAAGCAGGAAGUGAUGCCCACCAAGAACAAAAGCACACAAAGGCCAAAUCUUGCUCUAAUGGACUGGACACUGUAAUGGGAUGAGGACAAGUUUCUUAGCAGCGAAUGUAAAUAAGCUAAUGUUGCUGUGUGCUCUUUAUAACCAUACUUACUGUGUUGAAGAGUCAGCAAUAAACCUUUGAAAAUUG